UGCCAUAGUUCCAACGCAUCGAAGGUUAAUCAAAUUUUCAUGCUUUCCGUUCUGAUUCUCAGAAAUCAUGGCGUUCAUCAGAAACUCUUGUGCACUUGCAAAGCCACUUCUAUUUUAUGCAGACAAUACCACCCCUCUACUUACGCUACAUCCUCAUCUUCGCCUCGACCAACAUCUCAUCUUGCUUCUCAAUCAACUGUGAAAAUGGUGUGCGCAUUAGUAUGUGAUUCUUACUAUCAGCAAGCUCACAUGAGAGUGUCGCAUCCAAGUCUUAAUCUCAACGUGGAUGCGGAUUCCUUGACUCACGAGCAAGCCGUUACGGUAGUUGCUUCACUUGCAAGUGAAGCUGGAUCAAUGGUAGCAUUGAGUUUCUUGAACUGGGCAAUUGGAUUUCCGAAGUUUCGGCAUUUUAUGCGACUCUAUAUCGUUUGUUCAAUGUCGUUGAUUGGGAAUAGAAAUUUCGAGAAAGCCCAUGAAGUGUUGCGGUCUAUGGUGAAGAUUUUUGCUGAGAUCGGAAAGUUGAAGGAGGCUGUAGAUAUGGUGAUUGAAAUGCAUAAUCAGGGUUUGAUUCCCAGUACUCAAACAUUGAACUGGAUUUUAAAGGUCACUGGCGAAAUUGGGUUGGUUGAAUAUGCAGAACAAGUGCUCGAAGAAAUGUGUGUGAGAGGGGUUCGCCUAGAUUCUACAAGCUAUAAGUUGAUGGUUAUUGCAUAUUGUAAAAUAGGUAAUAUUUUUGAAGCUGAUAGUUGGUUAAGUGCCUUGCUUGAGAAGGGCUUUGUGAUUGAUAAUACAGCAUUUACAUUAAUAAUCAGAACCUUCUGUGACAAGGGUUUCACAAAUAGAGCGUCUUGGUAUUUUCAUAAACUAAGUGUUAUGGGUUUGAAGCCAAAUUUGAUUAAUUUCACAUCGAUGAUCGAAGGUUUAUGUAAAAGGGGAAGCGUCAAGCAAGCGUUUGAAAUGUUGGAGGAGAUGGUUCAUAAAGGUUGGAAGCCCAAUGUGUAUACACAUACAGCGUUGAUUGAUGGUCUUUGUAAGAAAGGGUGGACUGAGAAAGCAUUCAGACUUUUUCUUAAGCUUGUUCGGAGUGAAAAUCACAAGCCAAAUGUCCUUACUUAUACAGCAAUGAUAAGUGGGUAUUGCAGGGAUGGUAAAUUGAACCGGGCGGAAAUGCUUCUUCACAGAAUGAAGGAACAGGGAUUAGUCCCAAACACAAACACAUACUCAACACUUAUUGAUGGACACUGCAAAGAAGGUAACUUCGAUAGAGCAUAUGAAUUGAUGAAUAUAAUGAGCAAUGAGGGUUUUAUCCCGAACAUAUGUACAUAUAAUGCUAUUGUUGAUGGCCUUUGCAAGAAGGGAAGGGUACAAGAGGCUUACAAAUUGCUCAAGAAUGGUUUUCAUCACGGAUUGAAACCUGAUAAAGUCACCUAUACUAUUCUCAUAGCUCAACAUUGCAAACAGGCAGAUAUUAAUCAGGCUUUGGUGUUGUUCAAUAAGAUGGUGAAGAGUGGCAUUCAAGCUGACAUUUAUUCAUACACCACUUUAAUUUCAUCCUUCUGUAGGCAAAAGAGAAUGAAGGAAAGUGAGAUGUUUUUCAAUGAAGCUGUAAGAAUUGGACUAGUUCCAUCAAAGGAAACUUAUACGUCCAUGAUAUGUGGGUAUUGUCGGGAAGGAAAUUUAAGCUUGGCUAUGAAGUUUUUUCAUAGGAUGAGUGACCAUGGUUGUACUCCAGAUAGUAUUACUUAUGGUUCUCUUAUUAGUGGUCUUUGCAAAGAGUCUAAGUUGAACGAAGCUCGUGUUUUGUAUGACACCAUGACAGAGAAAGGGCUUAUCCCAUGUGAAGUUACUCGGGUCACUUUGGCUUAUGAGUAUUGCAAGACAGAUGACUGUGGCUCUGCGAUGGUGAUCCUCGAAAGGCUGGAAAGAAAGCUCUGGAUUCGAACAGCUAAUACAUUGAUCAGGAAACUAAGUAGUGAGAGAAAACUUGCCAUGGCAGCCAUGUUCUUUCAUAAGUUGGUAGACAUGGAUCCCAAUGUCAAUAGAGUAACAUUAGCCGCCUUUAAGACAGCAUGCUAUGAGAACAAUAAGUAUGCUCUUGUUUCUGAUUUGACUGCAAGGUUAUAUAAGGAAAAAUCGUCUUGCAGUCCAAGCCAAUAAGAAAAUUUGAAAUAUAAAUUCUUGUUGUUAAAUAUCCCAAUGUCAUAGAAUGUUGCAUUUUGUUGUUAAAUAUCUUGUUGGAAUCAUAAUUCCAGUUAAUGAAAAUUCUAUUAAGAUUUUGCGGCUUCU